CACCGGCAGGGCGGCGGGCGCCGGCGAGGGCAAGGUGGUGUGCAGCAGCCUGGAGCUCGCGCAGGUCCUGCCCCCGGACACGCUGCCCAACCGCACCGUCACCCUGAUUCUGAGCAACAAUAAAAUAUCUGAGCUGAAGAAUGGUUCGUUUUCUGGAUUAAGUCUCCUUGAAAGAUUGGACCUCCGGAACAAUCUUAUUAGUAGUAUAGACCCAGGUGCUUUUUGGGGACUGUCAUCGCUAAAAAGAUUGGACCUGACGAACAACCGAAUAGGAUGUCUAAACGCAGACAUAUUUCGAGGACUCACCAAUCUGGUUCGGCUAAACCUUUCAGGAAAUUUGUUUUCUUCAUUGUCUCAAGGAACUUUUGAUUAUCUUGGCUCAUUACGGUCUUUAGAAUUUCAGACUGAGUAUCUUUUGUGUGACUGUAACAUACUGUGGAUGCAUCGCUGGGUAAAGGAGAGGAACAUCACUGUGCGGGACACCAGGUGUGUUUAUCCUAAGUCACUGCAGGCCCAGCCAGUCACAGGGGUGAAGCAGGAACUCUUGACAUGCGAUCCUCCCCUCGAGCUGCCAUCCUUCUACAUGACUCCGUCUCACCGCCAGGUCGUGUUUGAAGGUGAUAGUCUUCCCUUCCAGUGCAUGGCUUCCUAUAUAGACCAAGACAUGCAGGUGCUGUGGUAUCAGGAUGGGCGCAUUGUUGAAACCGAUGAGUCCCAAGGGAUCUUUGUGGAGAAGAACAUGAUUCAGAACUGCUCCUUGAUUGCCAGUGCCCUAACCAUUUCUAAUAUUCAGGCUGGAUCCACUGGAAAUUGGGGCUGUCAUGUCCAGACCAAACGUGGGAACAAUACAAGAACUGUGGAUAUUGUGGUGUUGGAAAGCUCUGCCCAGUACUGUCCACCAGAGAGGGUUGUGAACAACAAAGGUGACUUCAGAUGGCCCAGAACACUGGCAGGCAUCACUGCUUAUCUGCAGUGCACCAGGAACAUGCAUGGCAGUGGGAUCUAUCCUGGGAACCAACAGGAUGAGAGGAAGGCCUGGCGCAGGUGUGACAGAGGCGGCUUUUGGGCCGACGAUGAUUACUCUCGCUGUCAGUAUGCAAAUGACGUCACUAGAGUACUUUACAUGUUUAAUCAGAUGCCCCUCAAUCUCACAAAUGCUGUGGCAACAGCUCGGCAGCUGCUGGCUUAUACUGUGGAGGCAGCCAACUUUUCUGACAAAAUGGAUGUUAUAUUUGUGGCUGAAAUGAUAGAAAAGUUUGGAAGAUUUACCAGAGAGGAAAAAUCAAAAGAGCUUGGUGAUGUGAUGGUGGACAUAGCGAGCAACAUCAUGCUGGCUGACGAGCGCGUCCUCUGGCUGGCGCAGAGGGAAGCGAAGGCCUGCAGUCGGAUUGUCCAGUGUUUGCAGCGCAUUGCCACGCACAGGCUGGCCAGCGGCGCUCACGUGUACUCCACGUAUUCGCCCAAUAUUGCUCUGGAAGCUUACGUCAUCAAGGCUGCUGGCUUCACAGGAAUGACCUGCACCGUCUUCCAGAAAGUGGCAGCUGCCGAUCGCUCAGGACUUUCUGACUAUGGGAGGCGAGACCCUGAUGGAAACCUUGACAAACAACUGAGCUUCAAGUGCAAUGUUUCAAACACGUUCUCAAGCCUGGCACUGAAAAACACUAUCAUGGAGGCUUCUAUUCAGCUUCCAUCAUCUCUUUUCCUACCAAAGCAAAAGAGAGAAGUCAGAGCAACUGAUGACGCCCUCUAUAAGCAAACGAGAGAAGUCAGAGCAACUGAUGACGCCCUCUAUAAGCUUCAGCUCAUCGCGUUCCGCAAUGGAAAGCUUUUUCCAGCCACAGGAAAUUCCACCAACUUGGCUGAUGAUGGCAAGCGGCGUACAGUAGUGACUCCUGUGAUCCUCACAAAAAUAGAUGGUGUGACCAUAGAUACCCACCACAUCCCUGUUAAUGUGACGCUGCGUCGAAUUGCACAUGGAGCAGAUGCCGUUGCAGCACAGUGGGACUUUGAUUUGCUGAACGGACAAGGAGGCUGGAAGUCAGAUGGGUGCCGUAUACUCUACUCGGAUGAGAACAUCACCACAAUUCAGUGCUAUUCCCUGAGCAACUAUGCCGUGCUAAUGGAUCUGACAGGAUCAGAGCUGUACAUGCCGGCUGCCAGUCUCCUGCAUCCUGUGAUUUAUACCACUGCCAUCAUUCUCCUCCUUUGUCUCCUGGCCGUCAUCAUCAGUUACAUGUACCAUCACAGCUUGAUUCGGAUCAGUGUCAAGAGCUGGCACAUGCUUGUGAACUUGUGCUUUCACGUUUUCCUGACCUGCGUGGUCUUCGUGGGAGGAAUAACCCAGACUAGAAACACCAGCGUCUGUCAGGCAGUUGGGAUCAUUCUUCAUUAUUCUACUCUUGCCACAGUACUGUGGGUUGGAGUUACUGCUAGAAAUAUUUAUAAACAAGUCACUAAAAAGGCUAAGAGAUGCCAGGAUCCGGAUGAGCCACCCCCUCCGCCAAGGCCGAUGCUCAGGUUCUACCUGAUUGGCGGUGGGAUUCCCAUCAUCGUGUGUGGCAUAACUGCGGCUGCAAACAUCAAGAACUACGGCAGUCGGCCGAGUGCGCCCUAUUGCUGGAUGGCCUGGGAACCAUCCCUGGGAGCCUUCUACGGACCUGCCAGCUUCAUCACUUUCGUAAACUGUAUGUACUUCCUAAGCAUAUUUAUUCAGUUGAAAAGACACCCUGAGCGCAAGUAUGAGCUCAAGGAGCCCACAGAGGAGCAGCAGCGGCUGGCGGCCACUGAGAACGGGGAAGUGAGCCACCAGGAUUCCAUGUCCCUGUCGCUGAUCUCCACUUCCACCCUGGAGAACGAGCACACUUUCCGUUCCCAGCUCCUGGGCGCAAGCCUCACUCUGCUCUUGUUCGUUGCCUUGUGGAUGUUUGGGGCCAUGGCCGUUUCUCUGUACUACCCUCUGGAUUUGGUUUUUAGCUUCUUUUUUGGAGCCACUUGUUUAAGCUUCAGUGCGUUCCUCAUGGUGCACCAUUGCGUCAAUAGGGAGGAUGUGAGACUUGCGUGGAUCAUGACGUGCUGCCCAGGACGCAGCUCGUAUUCAGUGCAGGUCAACGUCCAGCCCCCCAAUUCGAGCGGGACGAACGGAGAGGCGCCCAAGUGCACGAACAGCAGCGCAGAGUCUUCGUGCACAAACAAAAGUGCGUCGAGCUUCAAGAAUUCUUCCCAGGGCUGCAAGCUCACAAACCUGCAGGCUGCCGCAGCGCAGUGCCAGGCCGGGGCCCUGCCUGUCGGCCCCGCACCUCAGCCGGAUAACAGCCUCACCGAACAUUCAGUGGACAAUGAUAUUAAGAUGCACGUGGCUCCUUUAGACGUGCAGUUUCGCACAAACGUGCACCCGAGCCGCCCCCAUAAAAAUCGAAGUAAAGGACACCGGGCCAGCAGGCUCACUGUCCUGAGAGAAUACGCCUACGACGUCCCGACCAGCGUGGAAGGAAGCGUGCAGAACGGCUUACCUAAAAGCCGGCCCGGCAAUAAUGAAGGACAUUCGAGGAGUCGGAGAGCUUAUUUGGCCUACAGAGAGAGACAGUACAACCCUCCCCAGCAAGACAGCAGUGAUGCGUGCAGCACACUUCCCAAAAGCAGUCGCAAUUUUGAAAAACCUGUUUCCACUAGCAGUAAAAAAGAUGUAGUCAGGAAGCCACCUGCAGGAGAACUUGAAAGUCAGCAGAAAUCUUAUGGCCUGAACUUGGCCAUUCAGAAUGGAUCAGUUAAAAGCAGUGGACAGGAAGGACCCUUGAUAGCUACUGAUAUCACUGGUAACUUUAGGACUGGAUUAUGGAAACACGAAACUACUGUGUAGUGUUGCUGGACUUCCUAGACAGAGUUGUUACAAACUGUGAUACUCACAUUCCUUUAAGCUACAACAUUUAGAAAUAAACUGUUUACAGCUGCUUUAGGGAUUUGAAACAAUUCUGAAUACACUUUGUAAUUUACUUACUUUGUAUUCUCAAAUUGGUUUUUUUUUCCCCAAAAAAUAAAAAAAAAAAAUUUUAGAGCAUUAUUUUAUUUGUCAAAGCACCAAUAAGACAUUUUUGAAGUUGGAAAAUAUAGUUUCUUAGAAUCUAUACUAUCUACUUAACAUUUCAGGCCUGUAUUUAAUAAAAUAAAUAGGAGUUUGUCGUGUCA